AUGCUAGACACAUCACCAUCGUGCAGUGCUAUGCCCGAACAGAAGACGCCAGCGAUGACAUCAAAGACGACUUCUACAACUUCCUCACUCACUAGGAUCGAAAGAGGUGACAUAAAAAUUCUUAUGGGAGACUUCAAUGCGAAAAUCGGCCCCACCAACAACGGAUUGGAAACAAUCAAGGGCCGACAUGGUGUUGGCACACGCAGCAAUAAUGGUGACAGGCUGAUCGACUUAUGCCAGACUUUCCAACUGGUUAUUGGUGGCACUGUAUUCCCCCACAAGGAAAUCCAUAGAUACACAUGGACCUCUCCGAAUGGACAUACUCGCAACCAAAUCGACCACAUCUGCAUAAGUAGAAAAUGGAGACGCUCGAUAAUGGAUGUUAGGAAUAGGAGAAGUGCGUCUAUCGACAGUGACCACGAGCUGAUAAUCGGAGAGCUUUUAAUCAAGCUCAGACGAAAUAGCAACACUGUCAACAGGACCACAAGAAGACCACCUCCUCUUAACGUACAAUGGCUGAGUGACUCCAACCUAUCCACCAGAAUGACCACAACGUUGCGUGAACAGAUGACAUCACAACCGGAGAAUCACUCAUGGGAACAAACAUGCAGUGUACUGAGGAUCAGCUGCACAGAACAACCGAGCAGCACGCAAGAAAACUUCAGUAGUAUUGUACCGAGCAAUAACUUCAUAAUAUCACCCACGGCACCAUCAAUUAGAAAAAUAAAGGAUGCUAUCAGGAAAUUAAAACACAACAAAGCGGCUGGAGAUGACGGCAUAAUGGCCGAAACACUGCAUUCACAUUUCAAUAAUAUAUGGGAAAGUGAGCGGAUCCCAACAUCCUGGAAAAAAGGAACCAUCAUCAAGCUACCGAAGAAAGGAGACCUCAGUGACUGCAACAACUGGCGAGGCAUUACCCUUUUGAAAACAAGUUACAAGGUACUAGCCACUCUACUGAACGAACGUCUUCAGAAAAAGAUCGAGCCAACACUACGAGAUGAACAAGGAGGAUUCAGACCACACAGGAGCUGCGUAGACCAGGCAAACACACAACGCGCAAUAACCGAGCAAACUGUGGAAUGGCGCUCGCCGCUAUACCUCUUGUUCAUAGAUUUCCAGAAGGCAUAA